AUGGCACGCCGAACAUCGCGUCUAGCCGCGUCCGCAACUACCACUAUCGCUGACGUUUCCACUGUCCACAAUCCCUCCAAUGAUCCUAUCAGUCUUGAUAUCCCGGAACAGCUUCUGACACCAGAGGCCAGUCGAUCUGAGACCUCGAGCAACAAUGAAAACGCGUCAACCGAAGAUCCACCCGCUACGCGGCGGAGGUCAACUAGAACGAUACGCGCAUCCUUGCGGGCUACGGAGGCUCUUGAGAACACCCCUUCACAGAAACAUACAUCCUCGACGUCGACAAGCCAGGCCUAUGUGGACAGACUGGCGGCAUCCAAGCGCUCACGCUCUGGGCUUCGACAUAGCAUCGCUGUGAUGGAGUCGUUGCACAAUGGUUCAACCCGCUCAAAAGAUGUCAGCGUAAUGGAUGAUCAGCCCAUAGUACCCGACACGCCUAUCUCAAACUCAUCGCAGGAGGUGCGCUCUGAUGAUCUAAACACUUCUGUUCAGCAUCGAACUCUACGGAGGCGGGUAGAGAAGGUAUUGACCAACGAAGAUAAAUUGGCAUCGGUUAAGCCAACUCCUAACAUCGGUUCUCACCCGUCGCCACGAAGAUCGACCCGUAUCACCAUGUUCAACAAAGCAUCCGAGAUCCUGAGCCGCGCCAACAGUGUUUUAGGUAAACGGACAAGAGAUCUGGCGAAUCAAGGGAAAGAAGUUAGUCGACGUGCCAGUCUUCGACCUCGAAGCGUUGCCCCAGCCAAAGACGAAGCACCAGUACACCCUGUAGCAGAACCUGUGCGCAAAAAACGACGUGUUUCUGAGAGUGAUUUGCUGGGUCUCCAACCCAAGGACCUGCCACUUUCCGAAGAGCCGAUUGCGCCGCCUAUUUCGAAACCAAAACCGAAGAUGUGGCUGAACCAUGGCCUUUACAGUGGCCAGGAACCAAGCGACUCUCCACCCAAGCAGCGCAAGAGCAAAAACUCAGAGAAAACCAGAUCAGACAUAAAGUCACGAUGUCAGCUUCCCAUGCCCAUAUUUGCUGGCGCUCGUCUGAUCAAGAAUGGACGGGACUAUCUUCUGCCAUUUGACAUAUUCUCUCCACUGCCGCCAGGCCAACCUAAGCCUGAUGAGUGGCGUAAGACAAACAAGAACGUUUUCGUUGGCGAUGCUGCCAGCGAAUGGAAAGCAAACAAGAAACUGGAACUCUCUACAUGCAUGUGUGAUGAAGAAACCGGAUGUGAUGAAAACUGUCAGAAUCGCUACAUGUUUUACGAGUGCGAUGGAGGUAACUGUCGACUGGGCCCGGAGUGCGGUAACCGGAAUUUCAGCGAGCUCAAGACCCGAACGAAGGCUGGCGGGAAGUACAACAUUGGUGUUGAGGUUAUCAAGACUGUAGACCGAGGCUACGGCGUGCGUAGUAAUCGCACUUUUGAGCCGAAUCAAAUUAUUGUGGAGUACACGGGCGAGAUCAUCACUCAGUUUGAAUGUGAAAGAAGGAUGAGGAACGUGUAUAAGAAUAAUGAGUGCUAUUAUCUGAUGUACUUCGACCAAAACAUGAUCAUUGAUGCAACACGAGGCUCUAUUGCCCGGUUUGUUAACCACUCUUGUGAGCCAAAUUGCCGAAUGGAGAAAUGGACCGUGGCUGGAAAACCACGUAUGGCUCUGUUUGCAGGAGAUCGAGGGAUCAUGACAGGGGAGGAGUUGAGUUAUGACUACAACUUCGAUCCGUACUCCAACAAAAACGUCCAGCAAUGUCGCUGUGGUGCCAUCAACUGUCGUGGAAUUCUUGGCCCUCGACCCAAAGACAAGGAUCAGCGUGCGAAAGUUGAGACACCCAGUCAGAUAAAGAAGCCAAUCAACAGUUCUGGUGCGAAACGAAAGCGUGCAGCAGUGGACACAGUUACUCAUAGCCAAGCAAAAAAGCGCAAGUUCCUCAGUACCAAUACUGUCAAGAAUGGCGUGAGGAAAGCUGUUACCAAAGUCUCAACUGCACAUGCCCAGGUGGCAAAGAUGAAGAAAUCAGUCACUGCACCGAGGAUGCGUGGUGCAACAAAGACUAAGGCGAAGACGCAAAAAGGAGUCAGACUUCCUACAGUGAAAGCAACUUCAAGAGUGAAGGCUACCGUUCCACGAAAUAUUAGCUCCACGUCAACUGCCCUGACCAAAAAGAUGAAUCAACUCAAGCGACCUUCUCCCGAAACCAAGAAGAGAAUUAUUUCCAAUGCUGUCAAGGGAUCUAACUCAAAGGUUAACCCCAGCUCCCCCAAAAACAAGUCGUCCAGCAAACCCAAGGGGAAGAAUACGAAGUCUUCCCAAACAGAGACUUCCCGCAACAAACAUAAUAAUAAGGGGGUCAAGAGCGGUGUCAAAGCCAGCAUGAGUGGCUCCAAAGGCAAUGACACCAUUAUCAGGGAUUCGGCGACGGGGGGUAAAGGGUUGGGUAACAGCGUGAAAAGUGUUGCCCGCCGCGUGGUCCGCUCUGUGAAGGGGGCCAAACCAAUCUGA